AUGCCGAAAUCGCGGGACACCUCACCGGCUUCGCACGACAGCUCUGCCCGCUUCAGCAAGGCGGAAGAGGAAACGACCACGGCGCCCCCGCUUCUAGAAGUCCCGGAAGAGACGACGCAGCCAUCACAGACCAUGCGCACACGCUCACCAGCGCGCCUCUCCACAGAAUUGCAGGUUCGUGCGAAGGUGCAGGAGGAGCGUCUGGGCACGAUGCUGUCCAUCGUGGAAGACCUUCAGGCCUCCGCUGCAAAGGACCCAUUCUCGAUUCUUGCCUCAGAAGUCGAGAUUACGAAGACCACGCUGAUGGAAAUGCAUCUAUUGUUCCAUCAAGAGCACCAGGCUCUUAGCCGUCUCUGGCCGGUGUCCCAACUUGAGCACGGCUACUACAAGGACAAGGUGGCCUCGCAGGAGGAGAAGGUUGUUUUGACAGCGCGUAAACUAAUCGCUCAGCUGAAGCACCGUCUCGGACCAAGCACGCCCACGCAGCCAACGACGUCCACGCAGACUCCCGCAGCACGCAGGUCACGACUGCCAGAAAUUGCGCUCCCCAAAUUCGAAGGAGAGUACAACCGAUGGCAGGAAUUUAAAUCGGCGUUUUUAUCCGUCAUCAUGGACCGCGACGACCUCUCAGAAGUUGACAAGCUCCACUACCUGAAAGGGGCAUUGUCUGGCAACGCAGCGCAGGUCAUUGUCCACCUGCCCACGACUAACGAGGCCUUCCAAAAGGCGUGGAAACUCUUGGACUCCAGGUUCGAGAAUAAACACCUGAACGUCCAGUCUCAUAUGGGCCGAAUCGCCGAUCUGAAGCCAAUGAAACACUGA